GGCUUGACCGUCAUCGAUGGGAGUCACCUGAGGGACAUUGACCUCUCGCUCCCGGAAUCCGCCGGUAACGUUAUUGGAGCGCAGCUUCUCGAGAUAGCCGAGUCCAGAGCUUCAUCAUCUCUGUUCGGCCUUUCUUUGCCUGAAAAUCUCAAGUCCUCUGCUCUGAAACGCCUUGAUGACGUGGAUUCUGCAAGUUUCUCCAGUAGGGAGCUGGAUAGGGACCAAGCUUCUUCCUUUCUCAGAGAUUACAUCACCGCGAUCGCCGAUCAACUCAAAGAGAACCCCAUUGUAAUAUCAAUUUUGGAUGGUAGAACACUAAGGCUGUUUUUGGAGGAUGAAGAUGAUUUUGCAAUGUUGGCAGAGAAUCUUUUCACUGAUUUAGAUACAGAAGAUAAGGGAAAGAUUCAAAAGAGUGAGAUACAGAAUGCUCUUGUUCAUAUGGGUGUCGAAUUGGGAAUUCCUCCAUUUUCAGGCACCUGUAUUUAU